AUGAAGGUUCUCGUGCUUCUGGCAAUUUUCGCGCUGACAGCUACGGCUGCACCUUUGAAUGAUGACGACAAUGGUCGUGUGAAUGGUGAGAAUGGCUGGUAUGUACCAAAAGGCGAUGGUUCCUACGACUGGAUAACCAUUGAGGAGGGUGAAAACCUUUUGGCCGACUUGGAGAAGAAAGAAGAACUUGAAGCGCGCGCACUCAGCGUCUCACCCGUCACCUACUAUCUCUAUACGACGAAUAAUCACUAUGACGCGCAAACGAUCACUGCCAGUGAGAAAUCCAUCUCUGCUUCACACUUCGAUGCACGUCAUCCAACACGCUUCCUCAUACACGGUUGGACUCAGGGCUAUGAAGCCGAUAUGAACGUAAUGAUCCGUGAUGCUUGGCUAAGUCGUGGCGACUACAAUAUCAUUGUUGUUGAUUGGGGUCGCGCACGUUCCAUUGAUUAUGCUUCAUCCGUUAUCGCCGUGCCCGGUGUGGGUAAGAAGAUUGCCAGCAUGAUUGACUACAUGUCACGCAACCAGAGCAUGAGUUUGAAUACUUUGGAAGUGAUCGGCCACAGUUUGGGCGCACAAGCAGCCGGUUAUGUGGGCAAGAAUGUGGGCGCUGGUAAAAUCCACACAAUUGUCGGUUUGGACCCCGCACUGCCGCUCUUCAGCUGGAACAAACCCAACAAGCGUCUCAACAGCAAUGAUGCCCAAUAUGUCGAAUCGAUUCAAACUAAUGGCGGUAAAUUGGGUUUCUUGAAACCAAUUGGCAAGGGCGCUUUCUACCCUAACGGUGGCAAGACACAACCCGGCUGUGGCGUUGACUUGACCGGCUCAUGCAGUCAUGGUCGUUCCUGUAUUUACUACGCAGAGGCUGUGCGUGAAAAUAACUUUCCCUCCAUGCGUUGCGGUGAUUACGAAGAUGCCGUCAGCAAGAGUUGCGGUGGCACAUACAGUGGCGUGAAAAUGGGCGCUGUUUAUAAUUAUGAACUCGCCAAUGGUGAUUAUUAUGUGCCAGUGCGUAGUACUGCUCCCUAUGGUUAUGGAAGUUAA